UCUGUUUAUCAGACUAUACAUUAUAAUUAUUAUCUGUUUAUCAGACUAUACAAUAAUUAUUCUCUGUUUAUCAGACUAUACAUUAAACUCAUUCUGUGUAUAUCAGAUUAUACAUUAUACUCAUUCUUUGUAUAUCAGAUUAUACAUUAUACUCAUUCUUUGUAUAUCAGACUAUACAUUAUAAUCAUUCUCUGUUUAUCAGAUUAUACAUUAUAA